GCUCUGGCACUGCUUUCUCGGCUUGGCUCUCCUGCCUUGAGGAAACACCUCAUUGGAGAAGUCCCACAAACCUUGGUUAAACUGCCACCAUCCCUCAGCACCUUUUAUAUGCUCCCUCUGCCUGGACAGAGAGACUUCCUUCCUCCUGAGAGACCAUGUGGGCCAGGCUCCUUCUCGUUGGGGUGCUCCUCUCCUUCUCUGCUGACCUCCAUGCAGCUGGUGGAGGGGAUGGUGCUCAAAAGAGCCAGACUCCUGUGAACAGUACCUGCCAGCUCCCUGCAGAUAAAGGUCCCUGUGACAAGUUAGAACUUCGUUGGUUCUACAACUCAGAGUCCAAGAGGUGUGAACGUUUCUUGUAUGGAGGCUGCUAUGGGAAUGCCAACAAUUUCAAGGACAUCAAUGAAUGUGACCGCCGUUGCGUCUCCCCAGAUCUCAACAAGCCUGGUAAGUGUCCCCUCUCAACUCAUGCCAUUGACGCUUUUUAUGGGAAACACUGCUCCUCCGAUUCCAGCUGCCCGAGCACUGAGCGCUGCUGUGCAACUAGGCACGGGAAGCAAUGUCUACGCCCAAGUGAGGAGAGUGCAGGAUACUGCCCGCUGCUGAUUCGCCCACCCAGCAGAAGAGACGGCUCUCUUUGCUUUGCCAACUGCACCGAUGACUUCGAAUGCUUCAUUUCUGACUUUCACCGGACGAAGUGCUGCCCCUUUGAGAACAGGAAGCUGUGCAUGGAAGCUGUGGAAGAACACCCCGGCGUGUGUCCCAGGAGACAUGAAGUGUACCCCUUUGUUCCCUGCAAUGACACCUGCAUUGAUGACCAAGAUUGUCCCCUGACCGAGAAGUGUUGCUUCACCGGCUGCAGCCGAGGCUGCCUGCCCUCAGUCCGCAGCUACCAGUGCCAGCCACCCCCAGACCAGGACAGCUGCUCAAAGGAGGUGCAGCGCUACUACUAUGACCAGGAAAAUAAGGAAUGUGUCUCUUACCGUGUCUGUGAGGACAAAAGCAACAACUUUGAGACCAGGGAGAUGUGUGAACAGGCCUGUGGGAAAAUCAGCAAAGAGGUUUGCAAACUACCAUCAGAUUCUGGUCCCUGCUUAGCAUAUUCAGAAUUUUAUUACUACAACUGGAAGACCAAAACCUGUGAAAUAUUUGUUUAUGGAGCAUGCCAAGGCAACCAAAAUCGCUUUGCCACCAAACUGGAGUGCCAAAUGGUCUGUGGUGGAUUCGAGCAACAGCAAGAGCAAGAGCAACAGCAGCAGCAGCAACAACAACAACAACAAAAAGAAGAAGAAAAACAACACCCCAAAGAAUGAGCCCCUCCACGACAUCCCUGCAUGGAAGCGCAACCUUUGGAGCUGACGCCUCCACCAUGGCUGCCACGGCCACUGCCCCAGCUGCGUUCCUGUUUGAGCUUCCUCCCUUUUCAAGAAUAAAGACAUGACUUUCCCUGCA